CCAACAUGAUACAGCAAUAAGACGUGAGUUAUCUGUAGCAUUCACCUUCAGCUCGCCCGGCCGCGCAACGCGAUCCUCCUACUACGUUUCCUAUCCUGUCUUCCCACGGGUGAGAGACCCUUACUCUCUGCUGGGGGGGAGGGCCUCACUCAGGGCUGCUGCGUAACCAUUCCCACAGAAGCCUUCAAAGAACGAUGAUCCUUGUCUUGUUCUUUCUUGUGUCAUUCUGUUUCUGUGAUAGUCUAGUCAUCAACUAGAACUAAACUAACGUUGUUAUCCGUCUUGCAUCCAUCCCCGUGUAUAAGCCCGACACUGUCCCUCCUCAGUCUGUCCUGUCAGCUCCUCUUAUCUCUCUCUCCCGCUCUCUCGCUGCCUUUUUUCCACAUGCAUAUUCAUGAUUAGCCUUUACUUUUUUAUUGCUUAUUAUUUCUAAUAUUUCGUGUCACUCGACUUCAUUCCUCUCCUUCAUUCUAUGUGUCCUCUACUGCUGCUGUGCUAGGUUACCAUGCUUUCUGCUGAACCAUCGUCGUCUCCGAUCGCCGCCUUGGCUAUGGAUGGUGGACAUGUUGAUGGGUUACACAAGGGGAAGACGGAGAGUAUUCAAAUACCUCAUGUCAAGACGACUGAGAAGGACGAUGAAUCUAUUGCUUCCGGCUCAACCGACUCUCAGUCUCAGCUCAAGAAGAGACUCAGUGCAGAUAUGUCGAAAGAACAAGUUGAAGAUCUGGUGCGGAAGUUGACCAUCGAUGAGAUGAAGACAAGAUGGUUUGACGAGAUCUUUGAAAAGGUCAAGUCUGAGCUGGUUGAGGAGCAUUCACCAGCAGAUACACCUUCAUCUUCAGAACCUCCAAGCCCCAGAUCAGACGCUGCCAAGCCUGCUUCUCACGAAUCAACUCCCCGAGAGUCUGUUCGCGAAGAGCCGAAGAAGCAUGAAUCAGCGUCUUCCUCCUUCGAUUCCAAGAACAAGUCUCACAACAAUCCUUCCUCCAGCCGCAGCUCCCUCGGUAGCCCUACCACAUCUUACAUCUCCGACUCUGCCUCUUCCCGUGCCUCCAAUCGUCCUUCUUCACCACCGAAGCCAGCUAUCAAAGAAUCCUCACCUCCAGCUCCGAAGCCUCGACCAUGUGUACGAUUCUCCAAAGCUCCAAUCAUCUUGAAUGAAGGCCCCGAACGUCGACACUCUGAACCACGGCCAGCAUCACGACCUGCGCCGCCUCCAGAGCCGGUGAAACAAGGUCCAGCACUAUCAGCUGUUGACCUGAAAUGGGGUACACUUUUCGAUGAUAGAGGCGAGCCGACUAAGAGACUUGGUCAGGUUCUCAGAGGAAUCGCCAACUAUUUGAUCUCUGAAUACAGCCCUCACAACUCACUUGUCGUCACUCCAGAAAAGCUCAAUGCAUUCUAUCUCGAAUACAAGCUUGACACAGAGACGUUUCCCUUUCAGCAAAUCUUUGACUGUCGACCACACGGAGCUCUUGAUAACCUAGAAACACUCUAUCAACACCUCCGAUGUGAGAACCACCUCAUCCAAAGACGCCCUGGAGGCAUGCCACACAUCCCAUCCCUCACGCCCGCUGGUUUCGAGCGUUGGAUGACAUGUCAGCUCCGUGCAUUCCCAGACCAAGAAGCCAAGCGUCUUAACCACAUCAUGACCGAUCUUCCCAUCACAGCUGAUGGCGUUCUUGUCGAUGACAAACCAGAGCGUUUACCGAAGCAGAUUUCUCGACACCUUCUUCCGGCGACUCGACAUCGAGAGACUCAUGACCUUGUGGUUGAUGCUAUUGCGGGAUGGAUUAAACAUACUGAAGAGAACGAGUCUGAUUACAGACGGACUUCUUCUGAGGAUGUUUAUAAGAUUAAGGAGGAGAAGUCGGGACGGUAUAGACCUGAUGACUAUCGAGAGCGUGAGAAGUAUCGACGAGGAUCUAAGGAUAACCACAGACAAUCGCCAUUAUCCUCCUCCAGCCGUUUUGUCUCCCGCGUCGGUUCAGACAGCACCAUCCGUCCCUCAAAGGACUCCCCUGUAUCUUCCAGCUCAAGCCACAGAGCCAGAAGUCCUGUAUCAAACCGUUAUCGUCACUCGGCAUCUGCCAUCGACAGCAGCUCCAGCACUGUCGAUGCCUACGAUAUACCCUCAUCCAGUCAUCGCAACAGCCAUCCCGCCAGCAGCAGCCGACGGAGUCGGGACAAAGAGUAUAGAUACUCUUCAAGCCCCAAGUCAAAGUCUCCGAUUGAAGCAACUCCACGAAUUCUGCCCCGUCGAGAUGCUGAUCGUCGAUCAAGCUUGAUCUUUGAAGAGACGGGCAAGGAUCCUAGUGGCAUAACUUACGACGAGUAUCUACGGAUGAAUCAACGACCGAUGAGAAAUGCCGUCGUAGAUGAUGGUGGACACUAUCGCACUACUUACUGAAAAGCAAAAAAUCUUCAUGAAUAUCUUUUUUAUUUUAUUUUUCUUUUUCUAAUUUUGGGAGGUUUCUUGUAUGUAAAAAGUCAUUGGACCCUUUCUGCGGAAGGACUGGGAUCUUCUCCUUUUCCUUUUUUCAUUUCUCUGGAAUUCUGGGUGGAUUUAACGACUUCACAUGACAAAUUGACGACACGCAUGACCAACAUUUUCAUAUUAAUUAGUUAUUCUUUCUCCAUCUUUGUGUGGUUUGAACAGUGUACGAUGAUCUUUUGGUGUGGAACAACGAGGCUCUAGUCAGGAAAUACCACGCUCGUUGCACGUUUACUUUGUGCUCUGUCCCUCCGAUGAUCGUUUCAGAAGAAUUGUUUCUACUACGGUUUACAGCCACGUGGUCUGACUGCUUGUAUUAUCUAAAGAUCGAUAGUUUGUGGCAAGUUGUGUCUCGUGCGAGCUGAUAUAUGUUGCGGCUCAAAGGAGUGCUGUGCUCUACGAGGAAGCGGGACGGUGAUACUGCUUUCUUAUGUGUAUGUGUUCUUGAGUAUCAUCAACGGUUGACCUUGAUGGGUACAGGAAUGCAAAGACCAAGAGCCGAUGGCGAUGGUCCAUUGAUAUGGAAUGCCGCUUAACGAGAGUGUGUCUCAAUAGUCGAGCACUAUCAUCAGUCCAUAGCGCGAUGCUUCUACAAUAGGUAUUUCUACUAUGUUAACUUAGACAGUCAUGUCAUUGAUCCUAUCUUCUAG